AUGAACCAACAAAUCAACGCGGAGAUUGUCAAGCUGGUGGGAAACGUUCCGAUUCCAAGGGAGGUGACAAAUCUCGCAUCCACGCUCAUGGGCAAGGCUCAGACAAUUCCAAUGAAGCCCAACGAGACUCCUGCUCGCAUGGCUCUGUGUGCCCAUGUAGCGAUUGAGAAGCUGCUGAUUGAGCUGCAACUGCCGGCACCCAAGCAAUCACAACCGCCCGUUCCACCGAGAUCUUACGAGAAGCUUCUCCAACUGUUCCGAGAGGAGCUUCUGGGCGCUCCUCCUGGCCCCUCGACGCCGCGGAAGAGAAAGUCGCCAAUGAAGAACCCCGAAUUGGUUGCUCAGAGAACGCCGAAAACACCAAGGACUGCUCGACAGGUGCAGAAGGACAUCCAGGAGAGCGGUCGAAGUGACGCCAAUGUGAUCGGGGAGGAUCUGUUGAAUUCCGAGGCGAUUGGAGAGGAAGACGGGCUGUUGCCAGAUACACCUUCAAAGACGAAAAAGUCGCCGCAGAAAUCGCCCAGAAAAGGAGGGCCCAAGCAAGACGAUCCACAGCCAGCCGACAUUGAAUUCAUUACAAAGGAGCUGCGAUUCCCUAAACAUGCAUUGGAGGGCGUCCAGCGGGGAUUCGACUUUUACUGGGCCCUAGUCAAGGACAGAUGGGGGCUUCUGUUCGGACUGCUGAUGACCAUUGCAUUCCACAUUCAGCAUAGAUCUUUUACCGAUACAGAAGCCACGCGCGAGGCGUUCAAACAGAGGGCUCUGCAGCUUACACGACGAGCAGGCAUGCCCGAAGACCGAGUUGAGGAGUGGAUAGGGUGGACUGAGACUAUUCUCAAGGACCAGAUGUGGGUCAAGAUUCUGGAGCAGAAGAGUGGCAUUGCUCCGGGAGUCAUUCAACGCCAGCUUGAUCGACAGACGUCCAAGUCGUCGUUUUCAGGUAUUGGAAACAUGAUUCCCGCCAGUUUUGCAUUCAAUAGUUACAGGAAGAGAAACGACUAUCACAACUGGAAGGCGUCUAUGUUGGUGAAAAUGAAAGAGUUGAAAGGACAGGAAGGACUGGAGGAGUCGGGUACUAUAAAGGUUCAGGGAGAGUGA